AUGGAUUAGGAGAAGACAAAGAAAACAUAGAAGGAUUACGACAUUGAGGCAGCCGAAGAGUUGAAAUAGCUCAAACUUCCAGGAGAUUUGGUUGGGAAUGUGGCUGCGACACUGUUAAAGUCAGUUCAGAAAGUGUAGAAUGAAGAUAUUAAGCUCCUUGCUCUAUCGAAGUUUCAUCAGACUCUAUGCAAAUUCACAGUUCAAAAUGUUUCAGGGGAAUUGCUUCAAAAGUUGCCAAAUGAUAAAUUGCUCGUCUUCUUUGAUUAUGUGAAUUAUUCAUUCGAGUGUUUGAGCAAGGGCUUGAAGAUACCUGAAACCAGCAACUCAUACAAUGCAACCUUCUUGUUGAACGUUUAUAAUAAAUUAGUAGAAUUACGAGGAUUGCCAAUUAUUAUAGAGUCAAUAAGUUAGAAGAAAACAUUACCAACCCAAAUUAUUACAAUUAAGUGACAUAUAUAUAUAAUAAAACCGGGCAAAAAUUUAAAUUAAAA